UAUUAGCAGGGGAGCUAAAAAAUUCGGUUAUGACAAGACACCGUUUGGUCAUGAACCAAUUGAUCACUUGUCAUUGAACACACAGUGUUAUGAGUCAAGGAGGUUAAACAGGCACGCUUUGACAAAAAUGCCAUUAUAUUCUUAUAAAUUUCCGUAUAUACCCUUCGGUUGCUGGUAAUCGACAAAUGCCGUCGUCUGUGCCUCGUCAGGCCUGUAGAAGCUGAAGUGACACAGACAAACGGACAUCUAGCCGAGCAAACUCAGAAGAGGUUUCGUUUUUCCAACCUAACAAAUUAAAAAUAUAUAUAUAUAUAUAUAUAAAUAAAUAAAUAAAAAACGAAACUUUCUUCUUCUAAGUCUGAUCGAGCGGGUUAUAAACUCGUAAACUCUUUCUGAAACUUUCUCAAUUCUCGUUCCGCCAAACGGUGUCGUUUGCUAUGGGCAAGCAAAAAGGCGAUGGAGCCCGGAGCAAGUCACGCGCUUCUAGCAGCAGUCUGGCGGCGUCGCUCUUGCCGUCUGGUUCUACUGCAACGGUGGGAUUCGGCGGCUAUGUUGGUAGCUCACGUCUCGAUUCUUCGACCACUGCCGAGGAUUCAACGCCCUUUUCGGAUAUUGAUAGUGAAGUAGCUGUGCAUUUAAAGAGGCUUGCUAGAAAAGAUCCCAUCACCAAGCUUAAAGCAUUGGCAUCCCUAUCUACACUGUUCAAGGAAAAGUCUGGGAAGGAUUUGGUAUCAAUCAUUCCGCAAUGGGCGUUUGAAUACAAAAGGCUCUUGGUGGACUACAAUAGGGAAGUUCGGCGAGCAACUCAUGACACAAUGGCCAAUCUUGUUAUUGUUGUCGGGAGAGAUAUAGCUCCACAUCUGAAGUCUUUAAUGGGACCAUGGUGGUUUUCUCAAUUCGAUCCAGUUUCUGAAGUUUCUCAAGCUGCUAAGCGCUCAUUACAGACAGCUUUUCCAGCCCAGGAAAAGAGACUUGAUGCUUUAGUUCUAUGUACAACAGAGAUUCUUAUCUAUCUGGAAGAAAACCUAAAGCUCAGGCCGGAAGACUUGUCUGAUAAAGCCGUUGCUUUGGAUGAAUUAGAAGAGAUGCACCAACAAGUGAUAUCUUCAUCAUUGUUGGCAUUGGCUACACUCCUUGAUGUGUUGGUUGGCAUGCAACCAGAGAGUCCUGGGUUGGAUAGCACAACUGCUCCACCUAAACAUGCUUCAAAGGCUAGGGCAGUUGCUAUAUCUUUUGCUGAAAAGUUGUUCGCUGCUCAUAAGUUUUUUUCUGACUUUCUGAAAUAUCAAAGCACUGCUGUUCGCUCAGCUACAUAUUCAGUGUUAAGGAGUUUCAUUAAGAACAUUCCUAAUGCUUUUGAUGAAGGAAACAAGAAAACUAUUGCUGGCAUGGUACUUGGUGCAUUUCAAGAGAAGGAACCUGCUUGUCAUUCAUCAAUGUGGGAUGUGAUCUUGCUCUUUUCUAAAAAAUUUCCUGAGAGUUGGACUUCCUUGAAUGUUCAGAAAGUUAUACUAAAUCGGUUUUGGCAUUUUCUUAGAAAUGGUUGCUUUGGAUCUCAGCAAGUUUCUUAUCCGGCAUUGGUUCUAUUCUUAGACUGUGUGCCACCUAAAGCAAUAGUGGGAGAGAAAUUUUUUCUUGACUUUUUCCAGAACUUUUGGGCAGGAAGCCCGUCCCAUUUCUCAAAUGCUGAUAGGCUGGCAUUUUUCGUGGCAUUCAAAGAAUGCUUUAUUUGGGGAUUACAAAAUGCAUCAAGAUUUUGUGAUGGGGUGGAUUCCAUGCAUCAUUUUCGAGUCACUGUUAUUGACAGUGUUCUAGUUAAGAUUUUGUGGAAAGACUAUCUCUUCUCUGUUUCCUUGAAAAAACCAGAUAGAGUCUCUUCUGGAUUAUCUGUGGAUUCAUCCGAGGACAGCAGUUUAUCCUUUAACGGGAAGACAGCAGAACCAUCUAAUAUCAGAUAUCCAUUAAGCUACUCACAAGAGUUGGGAAAAUGCAUAAUCAACAUCCUUUCAGGCAUUUUUUGGCUGGAGCAUGAUUUGCUGUCUAGCUUCUGCACAGAAUUUCAGGAAAAUUGCCUGGGUUUGUUUCAGCAUGCUGAGAAUGUGGAAAGAAAAACUGAAAAGAUAAAGCAGGUCAACCAAUUUAUUUUGUUAAUGGGGCAACAUGCGAUGCAAAAAGGUGAAAACUGGCCUUUGGUUUAUUUAGUGGGACCAAUGUUGGCCAAGUCUUUCCCAAUGAUAAGAUCACUGAAUUCACCAGAUAGUGUGAGAGUACUGUCAGUUGCUGUUUCUGUAUUUGGACCUCGCAAGAUAGUUAAAGAACUUUUUAUUCGGAGUAAAGGGUGUCCCAUGGUAGAUUCUUCUGAUGAUGGAGGGGAUAAACAGUUGGAGGCAGAUAAAUUCUUGCAAAUAUUCAAGGAAACUUUUGUUCCUUGGUGUUUGCACGGUAACAAUUGCUCUGCAAGUGCUCGACUACAUCUGCUGCUUGCAUUGCUUGAUGAUGAAUACUUCUCUGAGCAGUGGUGUGCUGUUAUUACAUAUGCUAUAAAGCCUGAAGGUUCUGGACCACUACCUCAGUCUCAAGACUCUGACCGCAUAACCAUGCUGGCAAUGCUUUUAGAGAAAGCAAGGAAUGAAAUUACACAAAGGAAGGUGGCAAAAGAUUCCAGACACCAGACUGGUACCAACCCAGCCCACUGGCAUCAUGAGCUUCUAGAUUCAGCUGCUGUUGCCAUUGCUUGUUCCCCUCUUCCCUUCAGAACUUCUAAUGCUCAAUUCAUGCAUUCCAUUCUUGGUGGUUCAACCGAAGGUGAUCAAACUUCAUUUGUGUCUAGGGAUGCAAUAGUCCUGAUUUUUCAGGAGAUUUUGAAGAAUUUAUUUUCUUUUAUUAUGGAAUCUUCAUUUACUUGGGUUAGAAAUGCAUGUUCUUUGUUGACUGCUGGAUCAAUCAACUUUGAGCUUGAGUUUACAAGAUCUGUUAAUCUGUCUGAGAUGGUUGAGUUUUCGCUUGAAAUACUUGAUGAUAGCUUCUUUUCUUUGAAGGAACUUGGUGAGGAAAGUGACCUAGUGUCAAGUAUUUUAGCUGCAAUUUUUGUUAUUGACUGGGACUAUGGCAUGGGAACAUUGUACAAUGAUGCCCUUUAUGGUGAGGAAACGAUAGAAACUAAGGCUAGACUAGAUUUCGGUGAAUCAGUGCAUGCUUUUCACUGUAAGAUAAGUAAUCAGUUUUGGAAGAGCCUAAGCUUACACAAUCGAAAGAGAUUGGGGAGUAUCCUGGUGAAGUGCAUUAGAUCUGCCAUCUUCAAUGAAAAUAAACUAAACGUGGAGAAAAGCACUGCUUUGUGCAGCCUGUGGAUGCUUGAAGUUUUCAGUUGCGUUUGUCAGGAUCAGCAUGAGGAACAAGAUCUGUUAGACCAACUUCUUUGUGAGGGUGACACAUGGCCUUCUUGGGUAAUUCCAGAUUUUAGCAGCAAAGAUCAAUUUGCUUUCAGAGAUGUAUCUACUGCUGCCAAUGAUUCUGGAAAUUGUAAAUUUGUUUCAUUCAUUGACAAGCUUAUAGCAAGAAUUGGGAUUGAUAGGGUUCUUACUGGUUAUGGUAAGCAUACUCAAUCUCCUUCUAAGGAAACAACAUAUGAAGAGGUUACUCAUGCUUGGCUGGCUGCUGAAAUGUUGUGCACAUGGAGAUGGCCAGGCGGCAGUGCUGUAGCUUCUUUCUUACCUUUGCUCAGUGCAUUUGCAAAGAGUAGGAGUUACCCUACUCAAGAGAGCUUGGUAGAUUCCACUUUUAAAAUUUUAUUUGAUGGUGCUCUAGUGCAUGGAGGAUGUGGUGCGCAAAGUUCUGUGUUGCCUUCUUCAAGUGAUGAAUUGGAGGAUAUCAAAGAACCUUUCUUGAGGGCUCUUGUAUCUUUCCUUACAACUAUGUUUAAAGAUAAUAUUUGGGAAACAGACAAAGCUAAGACGUUGUUUGAACUGCUUCUAAAUAAACUUUAUAUUGGUGAAACAAUAAAUAGAAACUGUUUAAGUAUUCUUCCUCCUAUUAUUAAUGUUCUUGUUCGGCCUUUAUGUCAAAGAAGCAUCAAAUCUGUUGAAACUGGUGGAGAAUCUGGACCUGAUUCUUCAGGUGAAAAUCAUAUGGAAGACAUUGUUAUAGGGUGGCUCCAAAGAACUCUGUUACUCCCACCUUUGAUCAUGUGGCAAACAGGACAAGAUAUGGAAGAUUGGUUUCAGUUGGUUAUAAGUUGCUAUCCUUUCAGUGCAAUAGGGGGUAUGCAAGCUGUGAAACUUGACAGAGUGAUUAGCCCUCUGGAGAGAACACGUCUCCUUGAAUUAUUUCGCAAGCAGAGACUUGGUGUUGGGACAUUAACUACAGCUGAUCUGCCACAGGUGGUGGAGUUGUUGCUAUCAAAACUAAUGGUAGUUGCAAUCGGGUAUUGCUGGAAAGAAUUUAAUGAGGAAGACUGGGAUUUUGUGUUAUCUCAGCUGAGGCGUUGGAUUCAAUCAGCAGUGGUAAUUAUGGAGGAAAUUGCCGAGAAUGUGAAUGAUGCCAUCAGUAACAGCAUUAUUUCCCCUAAUCUUGAUGUUACCUUCAAAAUCCUUGAGCAAAUUACUUUCAUUUCAGACCCUUUUCCUUUUAUUAUUGCUCAAAAUUCCCUGUUAGCAUUUUCUCUAUGUUGUGGACCUUUUGGACUUGAACAAGUGGAAGAUGCAGGAAACGAAAACCCUCUAGGAACAGAAAGAUGGGACCCCAUCAAAGAUCGGAUCCUAGAGGGUAUUCUCAGAUUGUUCUUUUGCACUGGCAUUGCCGAGGCUAUUGCAAGCUCCUGUUGUCAUGAAGCUGCAUGUAUUAUAUCUUCAUCUCGAUUUGACCAUCUCCAUUUUUGGGAAUUAGUGGCCUCAAAUGUUGUUAACUCUUCAACAAAUGCUAGAGAUAGAGCAGUAAAGUCGGUAGAAUUUUGGGGCCUGAGCAAAGGGCCCAUUAGCUCUUUGUACGCCAUCCUAUUUUCUUCAAAACCUGUGUCUUCAUUGCAGUUUGCCGCUUAUGUUGUUCUUUCAACUGAACCUGUUACACAGCUGGCUAUUGUUGGAGAGGAGAAAACCUACCUGGAUGGUGAUAUUUGCAGGGAAAAGGAUUCUUGCUCUCUUGAUAUGUCAACAGAAUCCAGCUUCCAUCUGAAAGAGGAGAUAUCUUGCAUGAUUGAGAAGCUACCUUAUGAAGUGCUUGAAAUGGAUUUGGUGGCACAACAACGGGUAAAUGUCUUCCUUGCCUGGUCUUUGUUGCUGUCACAUUUGUGGUCGUUACCAUCAUCAUCACCUGCAAGGGAAAGACUAGUCCAGUAUAUACAAGAUUCUUCAAAGUCAGUGAUAUUGGAUUGCCUUUUCCAACAUAUUCCUGUAGAAUUGUGCAUGGCACAUAAUCUUAAGAAGAAAGAUGUAGAGCUUCCAGUGGGCCUACCAGAAGCUGCAGUUGCAGCAACUCGUGCCAUUACAACAGGUUCAUUAUUGUUUUCUGUGGAAUCUCUUUGGCCUGCUGACCCAAUGAAAAUGGCUUCACUUGCUGGAGCAAUAUUCGGUUUGAUGCUUCGUAUUCUCCCUGCUUAUGUGAGAGAAUGGUUCAGCAGUCUGCGUGACCGUUCUAUAUCAUCUGGAAUUGAAUCCUUCACUAGAGCAUGGUGCAGCCCGCCUCUCAUUGCAAAUGAAUUAGCUCAGAUUAAGAAAAACAAAUUUGUUGAUGAGAAUUUUGCAAUUAGCGUAAGCAAAUCAGCUAAUGAGGUCGUUGCUACUUAUACAAAGGAUGAGACAGGGAUGGAUCUAGUUAUUCAUCUUCCUGCAUCAUACCCAUUACGACCUGUGGAUGUUGAUUGUACAAGGAGCCUUGGGAUUAGUGAAGUGAAGCAGAGGAAAUGGUUGAUGUCUAUGAUGUCUUUUGUCCGCAAUCAGAAUGGAGCUCUAGCAGAAGCUAUUGGAAUAUGGAAGCGCAAUUUUGACAAGGAAUUUGAAGGUGUUGAGGAGUGCCCUAUAUGUUACAGUGUCAUCCAUACUGCCAACCACAGCCUUCCUCGCCUUGCUUGCAAGACGUGCAAGCACAAGUUCCAUUCAGCCUGCCUUUAUAAGUGGUUCUCAACAUCACACAAAUCAACCUGUCCGUUGUGCCAGUCUCCCUUUUGAGUUUUGACCGGAAUAUCAGAUGUGGUUGUUGGUUUCAUGGAUAUUGCAAAUUUGAAAGCAGCUCAUGUAUUUAUGCGAUUGAAGUAAAUGUUGGUGAUGUUGAACUUUAGGAGUAUAAAACCAGAAUACAACUAGGUUGGAUUCUUGUGCAAAGUAGGCGUUCGUUCAGUUCUGGUGAUGCAAGACGUUUUGAGCCCUCCAUGACCAACUUUAAAAGCUUCCUUGUAGAGAUUGAUUCACACAGAGUUGUAGUUGGGCUUGCAUCCAGUUUUGGGAUUUCACUCUUGGGUGAAGAACUUUUCUGAGCUCCUAGCUGGUUUUGCAUGCAUGAGCAUGAUGAAUUGAAGUCGAGAUCUACACUGACUACCGAGUUUUGGUUGAAUAUUAUGAACAUUGAUACUGGUGUAAAAUCUGAAGAAAGUGUAAUUUUAGAUCCACGCAUAUUUAGAAACAGGUUUUCCGAAUUAGGAAUAUGGAAUAAGGUAGCUGUCCUCCUAAUUUUGGUGAUCGUUCAUGUUCCAAAAUUUUUUAAAUCCCGGGGUAAUAUACUAUAGAUUAGAAUACACUGCAAGGGAAAUUCAUCCCGCCUUCUGUGCUUCUGUAUUUGCAUCAGAGGGGACAUAAACACAUUGAAUAACAAAAUUUUGUUUCUGUUUC